GUGUCACAGUUUGGCAGAGAUAGUAAAGCUCAAUCAAGCUCCUUCGUUUUCGCAUUUUGGAACGGUUUUACUUGGGUUUGCAAGAUGGACAACAUGCAUGGCUUUUGGCAAUUGGGUGAUGAGCUUCGAGGACAAUCGAAAACUACGGAGGAUCAAUCAUGGGUAAGGGCUGCCUCAAGGUUGGCUGAGCAGACAAGAUUGAAAGGGGAACGCAUGAAUAAUCUUGAUCUUUCAAAGGGCACAACAGAACUAAGGCCUAGGGAUAAAAUUAUGUACCAUGAAGAUAACAAUUAUGAACACUUUAACUUAAACUUCAACAUGCUGAAUCUGGACUCCAAAGUUGCUGAAAAUGUGAGCAAAAGUUCCUUCAGGAAUGGUAUUUACAACAUGAAUGCAGUGUAUCAGAAAAACAGUGGGCAUAAUAUGGGAAACCUGAUGGUUAACAAGUAUAGUGGCAAUAAUCUGAGUGUCAAAGAGGCCGACAACAAUAGCAAUAACAGCAAUGAUAACAACAACAGUGCAGUUGACAAAAGGUUCAAGACUUUGCCUGCCACAGAAACACUCCCACGAAAUGAGGUGCUUGGAGGAUACAUCUUUGUCUGUAACAAUGAUACAAUGCAGGAAGACUUAAAGCGUCAGCUAUUUGGUUUGCCUCCGAGAUACAGGGAUUCAGUUCGAGCAAUAACGCCAGGCUUACCUCUGUUUCUUUAUAAUUAUACUACUCACCAAUUGCAUGGAAUUUUUGAGGCAGCAAGUUUUGGAGGUUCCAACAUUGAUCCGACGGCCUGGGAAGAUAAAAAGUGUAAAGGAGAGUCAAGGUUUCCUGCUCAGGUAAGGAUCCGUGUUAGAAAACUAUGCAAGGCAUUGGAAGAAGAUGCUUUUAGACCAGUCUUGCAUCAUUAUGAUGGCCCGAAGUUUCGUCUUGAGCUCUCAAUUCCUGAGACUCUGGAUCUGUUAGACCUUUGUGAACAUGCGGGCACUGCAUAAGCAAAAUAUAUUAGCAGAAAAUACAAAUGUAAUAGGCUGUGUGGUGGAUGUAAGCUGCCUGCUUUUCUCCGAUUUUCCUAAAGAGCGCAAGCUUGGGUUCUAGUCUGUGUUGUAUGAAUCUUCCUGGGAAAAGUAGGAAAUGUUGUGUGAGGCAACUAAAUAAAUGUAAUAUUUGUGUCGCAUGGAGGUACUUCUGAAGCAUUUGCUUUAUGUAUUAUGUGUAUUAUGUGGAAUAGUGUUGUAGUCUUAUAGACAGACUUGCAAGAUGUUAAAAGAGAAGAAUGAGGGACUCAAAAAGGUGAAGGCCCCGAACAUCUCUAUUCUGUGCAUGUAAACUGUUGUUUCUACACUUGUCUUCUGCUUGUAAUGUUAAUUUGGAUAAAAUGGAGAUCAUUGUAACCUCGUGGAAA